CCCAUAUAAAGUAAUUCUCCAUUACCAUUAUCUUCUGCACAUAACCGACAAAUUGUUGAGUCAUAAAGCCGUACUUCUGCCAUGAUUCCAAGAGAACUGCUCACUAACGACUAACAUCGAUUUUAUCCUAACCAAACUGACCAUAGGAUGUAUUACUUAUCAUCAUCAGAGAUGGAAAAAGAAGAAAAUACACUUGAAGAACAUGAAUUUUAUACAGCAGCUGCUAAGUAUUGGGAACAUGUUCCGGCUACAGUAGAUGGAAUGCUUGGUGGUUUUGGAUUUAUUUCUCAAAUUGAUAUAAAAGGAUCUACAAAAUUUUUGAAAGCUUUAUUCGAAUUAGAAAAUCCUCCAUCAAAAACAUUUGCAUUAGAUUGUGGUGCAGGCAUAGGAAGGAUAACAAAAAAUUUAUUAUUAAAUCAUUUUAAACAUAUUGAUUUAGUGGAGCAAAAUUUAAAAUUUUUAGAAGUAGCUAAAACAUAUUUGAAAAAUUAUUCUUCAAGAAUUCAAAAUUAUUAUCCCAUUGGACUACAAAAUUUUUACUUUAAUACCAAGAAGUAUGAUGUCAUCUGGUGUCAAUGGGUUUUGGGACAUUUAAAACAUAAUGAUUUAAUAGAAUUUUUUAAAAAAUGCUCUUGUGGCCUAAGAUCCAAUGGUAUAAUAGUAAUUAAAGAAAAUGUGACAACUUCGGAAAAUUUAGAAGUUGAUACUAAGGAUUCAUCAGUGACACGACCCCUUUCCGAAUUAUAUCGUAUAUUUCAGAAAUCAAAUUUAAUUUGUAUAAAAGAAGAACAACAACAUAAAUUUCCACGUGGAUUAUAUCCAGUUUAUAUGUUUGCUUUAAAGCCAAAUAACAAAUUUUAAAUCUAAAUGUCAAAAAUGAUACAAAAUUAAAUAAAUUUUUUACCUAUAAA